AUGCAUAAUAUAUUUGAGGGUAAAAGUAGUAGAAUAGGUGAUCAUGACGAUCAUGUUGCUUCUAGUUUCAGACGUCCCAGUGAUGAAGAUGAAGAUGAAAUACCAAAAAAAAUGUACAGUGAAAAAAGUCCACUUGUUGAUAAGACAGUUCCUAAACCUAUAACAAUAGCUCAACAAAUUGCUGCUGAGAGCAUAGAAACUCAAAUAAAAACUCAAAAAAGGAAUCAGUAUUUAGCUGCAUUAAUUGUAAAUAUUGGAGGGUUUAUCAUGGGUACAACACUUGGUUGGACGGCUCCUGCAGGUCCGAUGAUGGAAAACGGCCAAUAUGGGUUCCAAAUUACUCUGGAAAAUGUUUCAUGGAUAGCUUCGGUCAUGCCACUUGGUGCCAUGCUUGGAUGUCCAGUUAUGGCUGGUCUAGUCAACAAAUUAGGACGUAAAAAUCUAAUGAUAAUGUUAACCAUACCUACACUUUUUGGUUGGGCGAUGAUAAUAUGGGCUAAAUCUGUGGUAUGGAUUUGUGCUGGAAGAUUUUUAACUGGAUUUUCUAGUGGUUCAUACUCUGUCAUUGUACCUUUGUACACUUCAGAAAUAGCAGAAAAGGAAAUUCGUGGUACUUUAGGUACUUAUUUUCAAUUACAAGUUAAUGCAGGAAUCUUGUUCACCUAUGUAAUAGGAUCCUACCUUAAUGUAUUUGGUCUAUCUGUUGCGUGUGCAAUAGUUCCAGUGAUUUAUAUAUGCUUGAUGUUUUUAAUACCAGAAAGUCCAAUUUUCUAUCUUAUGAAAGGAAAUGUUGAAAAAGCUCAGUUAUCGCUGAAAUAUUUCCGCAAACCUGCUGUUCAUGUUAAUCAAGAAUUAAAUACCAUGCAGAGUGCAUUAGCUAAAACUGAAAGGGAAAGAGUUCCAAUCAUGGAAGCAUUCCAAACUACACCAGCCAAACGAGGAUUAAGCUUAGGUCUUGGAGUUAUGGUUUUUCAACAGUUUACUGGGUGUAAUGCCGUUAUUUUCUAUGCAACAACUAUCUUCAAUGCAACCGGGAGUUCAAUUGGAUCAAAUACAUCCACAAUUAUUAUUGGCAUCAUGGCUGUCGUGUCCACAUAUGUAUCAACGCUUGUCGUUGAUAAAUUAGGACGGAAAAUUCUGUUGUUGUAUUCUGUUGUUGCAAUGGGAAUUUGUACAUUCCUUAUUGGUGGAUUUUUUUAUGCUAAGGAAUCCCACUAUAAUAUUUCAUCUAUUGGAUUUAUUCCAUUAAUGUCGUUAUGUAUAUUCAUAAUAUUAUUCUCCAUUGGUUUUGGUCCUAUCCCAUGGAUGUUAAUGGGUGAAAUAUUCCCAGCUCAAAUUAAAGGUAUUGCUAGCUCAAUAGUUUGUAUGUCAAAUUGGCUAUUUGUUUUCUUGGUCACCAAAUUUUUCACAUUAUUGGUAUCUGCCAUUUAUUUAUACAACACAUUUUGGCUAUUUACAUUAUUCAGUGUAUUGGGAACAUUCUUUGUGGUGUUCUUCGUCCCUGAAACUAAAGGCAAGACCAUGGAAGAAAUUCAAGAAUUGCUUGGGGCUGACCAUAUUACACUAUUAACAGAAAAUCAAAAUUAUGCCCAAGAAUAA